AUGUCUGCUCACAAGGAUAUGAGAGACCGGACCAUCCUGCGCUCCCUUCCCGCUCGGGAUGUGCCGCCAUCCCGGAUUUUUAUCGCCUUCUGUCGCGAAAGGCGCGCGCCGCCAGCGCGGCCCGGGCUCCCCUCAGUGUUCCCGCCGGCCCGGCAAUGCCUCCCCUCAGCGUUCCCGCCGGCCCGGCAAUGCCUCCCCUCAGCGUUCCCGCCGGCCCGGCAAUGCCUCCCCUCAGCGUUCCCGCCGGCCCGGCCCGGCCCGGGCUCCCCUCAGCGUUCCCGCCGGCCCGGCAAUGCCUCCCCUCAGCGUUCCCGCCGGCCCGGCCCGGGCUCCCCUCGGCGCUCCCGCCGGCCCGGCCCAGGCUCCCCUCGGCGCUCCCCCCGGCCCGGGCUCCCCUCGGCGCUCCCGCCGGCCCGACCCAGGCUCCCCUCGGCGCUCCCCCCGGUCCGGGCUCCCCUCAGCGCUCCCGCCGCGGCGGGAGCGGCCCCGGAAGCGGAAGCCUCGCGGACCCCGGAAGCGCCGCCGCUCCUUCCCGGAAGCGCCGCCCCGCGCCGCCAUCUUGGCAGGAGCCGUGAGGGAGCCGUGAGGGAGCCGCGGCCGCCGCCGCCCGCCCCGCCCGCUCCGCCGCCAUCGCGGCCCGGCCGCCGCUCCCCGCCUGCCUCCCUCCCGCGGCCGCGGCCAGGAGGGGCCGCCCGGGGCCUGGCGGCUGCGGAGAGGUGA